AUGAGCAAGAAGAAGCUGUCCAAUGCCGAGCUGAUCAAUGAGGGUAAGGGUAAGCAUGGGUGCAAACCGGGCCAGCCCGGGCCGCAGGCCCGGGCUGGCCCGGUUUUGAAAUUUUUUUUUUUUUUUUAAAGAAAUUUUUAUACUAGGUUGGAAAGAAAGAAAGCGCGAAAUGAAAGGAAAAUUAUGGCAAAUUUUCGCAAAAUGUAAAAAAAUUGGCAAAACCUAGGUACAUAAGGUCACUUACGUUCGCUAUCACAGUGUGUUCGAAAAAAUGAAAAAUUCUAUCGAAAAAGCGUAUUUUUUCCUUUUUUCCAGGCAAAGUUCAGAUUUCAAAAAAACCGGGCCGGGCCGGGCCUUAAAAUCGAAGCCCGGAGUUGGGCCGAGAAAUUAGUCGGCCCGGGCCGGAAAGUUUUGCAAAGCCCGGCCCGGAGCCAUGCCUAGGUAAGGGAGGGAAAAUUACCAGGGAGUUGCGUUACUAGUCUGUUCGCAAAGUGGGGCGAUUUCUGCGACAUGCGCUGUGGGAAAACAAGUUCUCUCUGCACUGUGAAAAUUUGUUGUUUUUUUGCACCGUGCAAUAGGCUUUUUUGGCUGUCGCUCGCACCCUGGACUAGCAUACGAAAUUUUUUGUCCAGGAUAAGGUUGUUGGUUGCCUUUGCUUCCUGUUGCUUCGGAGGAUCGGAGCAAGUCGGUGAAAGCACCGUAGCCAAUGGUUUUCUGCCAUCUUUAAGCACUUCUCAUCGAAAAAAUCAAGUCAUCACUUUGACUGUACUACUUAAGACAAACAAGUGAAGAUUAUGAAAAAUGAAUUGGAUUUUCUCAAUCAGCCCAUAAACGGAAAAAAUUUUAGGUUCCCAUUAUCAGUCUGUCGGAGAAAUAAUGAUCUGCGCCAAUCGCUUCGCUGAAGUGAAAAGCAAUUUGAUUUUGCCGCGACAAAAUUCAUUUUCUCGGCGAUGCGAUUUUCGAUGCGACAAAGUACUCAUUAUUUUCCCGACUGACUAUAAAUUUUCACAGCUGCUUUUCAUUUUGUUCAGCUUCCACGUCAGACAAUGCCAAUCCCUCAAACUACAGGAAGCCAGCCGAAUCCUGGGCCGAGAUCUGGAAGGAAUGGCCGAAGUGCACCUUCUGCAUAUUGUCCAAUGAGUUUUGCGAACGUUUCUCCUACUAUGGAAUGCGAACCGUCUUGACGUUAUACUUUCUGAACGUUCUUCAGUUCACGGAUCGAACUGCUACAAUUUGCUUUCAAAGUUUCGUCAUCGCCUGCUAUUUCCUGCCACUGUUUGGUUCGGUGCUGGCCGAUGGGUACAUCGGGAAGUUUUGGUAGGUUUGGGAGGAAAGAAUGAUAAAAAAUACUUAUUAGGGAAGUGUACAAGCCAUGGAAAGCUUGUAAACUUCCCUAGUUAGGGAAAAGGGGUGAAAAUUUUUGUUUGUAAUAGUAAUAAUUGAAGAGUUUUGUUUUACGGAAGUUCAUUUUGGCCUGAAAGUGACUUUUGAGCCAUUGAAAUUGGCUGCACGCAAGUUUCGUGGUGCAUGUGUCAAAAACAUUAACAGGGGAAGUACUCCAAGUGCGACGCUCAGAUUUUCUUUAAAUUUUGCACACACGUCGGGUAUGGACUAAAUCUCAAUUCCUGAAAGUUUUAGCUCGCGCUUUGCGGGCGCCGCCGAGAUAUCGCACGAUUUAUGCCGCCGAGAGAGCACGCUAAACGUGGAGAGCGGUCAGAGAGAAAAGCGCUUUUUGGCCAUAACUUUGGCAGUUUCGUGCGGAAAAAUUUGAUUUUUUGUGGAAACAUUAUCCUUUACGGUAGAAAUAGGCAUGAAAUUUUUCGAGGCGAAAUUCGGCAAAAAGUCCAAAAUUUUGGCCGACUUUUUAUCUAAAAAUCUCGAUUGUUUGAGAUUUUUAGAUUUAGAAAAAAUUGUUCUAAAUUUGUGCCAAGUUUCAUCAAAAUCUGAGCGUCGCACUUGGAGUACUUCCCCUGGAAAAAAAACAGUUUAGGGCAACUUAUGGUGUGGAUUGAUAAUAAAAUCUAACCGUUUCUUUUUUGAUUUUUUCUUUCUCUGCUUCAACAGUAAGGUAGUAAUUCUUGAAAGCACUUCUCAUCGAAAAAAUCAAAUUAUUAGUUAUUUACUGUACUAUACUUAAGACUAAUGAAGGUUGGGGAAAAUAAAUUGGAUUUUCUAAGUCAGCACGGUUGAUUUCCCUACGCCUUUCAGAUCUCGCUGAGCGUAGAAAAAUUUUUGGUUCCCAUUAAUAUUCUGUCGGGAAAAUAAUGAGCACUCUGUCGCAUCGAAAAUCGCGUCGAAUUAUAAAUUGUGUCGCGGCAAAAUCAACUUGCCUUUCACUGCAGCGACACGGCUAGCUCAGUGAAAUUGUACUCAUUAUUUUUCCGACAGACUGAUAGUCGCCUUUCCCACAUUUUGCCUCAUCCAUUUUUAGGACGAUUGUGAUCCUCUCGCUCCUCUACACCCUUGGCCAGAUAACCCUUGCCGCCGCGUCCGCUUUCACCACCACCUCCUUCUACCAUCCAUGGCUGGACCUGCUCGGUCUCGGAGUGAUCGCGCUGGGGACCGGAGGCAUAAAGCCGUGCGUCUCGCCCUUUGGCGGCGAUCAGUUCGAGCCGCACCAAACCCGGAUGAUAUCGCUCUUCUUCUCCGCCUUCUACUUCAUAAUCAACUGUGGCGCCAUGCUGUCGUCGAUCGUAUCGCCGCUGUUUCGGGCCCACUCCUGCCUCGGCCACGACAGCUGCUACCCGCUGGCGUUCGGCGUGCCGGCGGCGUUGAUGAUCACCGCGACGGCUGUGUUCAUGGUGGGCAGCAAGUGGUACAAGAAGAAUCCACCGAGCUCGAAUAUCUUUUCGGACGUGCUCUUUGUGGUUCGAGUAAGCGGGAAUUUUGAACUUAUCAGGCUGUCGGGAAAAUCGUUGCGGCAGAACUCUCCCCCUUUUCUGAACUUUCCCUCAAUCUGAACUCUUCCCCUUUCAAAUUGAAAAAAAAAAUUCAUCGUAUAAGAUGUCAUACCUAAUUUUUCUCAAUUUGAAAAAAUUUUUCAUCGUAUAAGAUGUCACACCUCGUUCUUUCAAUUUGAAAAAAAAUUCCAUCGUAUAACAUGUCACACCUCGUUUUUUCAAUUUAAAAAAGAUUCCAUCGUAUAACAUGUCACACCUCGUUUUUUCAAUUUUCAAACUGGGGGAGUGUUCAAAAAGGGGGAGAGUUCAGAUUGAGGGAAAGUUCAGAAAAGGGGGAGAGUUCAGGCUCAAUCCGGGAAAAUAAUGAGCACGCUGUCGCAUCGAAAAUCGCAUCGCCGCUGAGAAAAUGAAUUUUGUCGUGGCAAAAUCAAAUUUUCUUUUCAUUGCAGCGGCGCGUUUGGCGCAGUGACGUUUUGCUCGUUAUUUUCCCGACAAACUGAUAGAAGAGCUCGAAAUGAGACGCUCAGAUUUUGAUGUAACUUUUUUUCAAAUUGAGAGUGAUUUUUCUGAUUGUAAGACAUAUGCCAGACUUCUAGUUCGCGAUUUGCGAAAAUAACCGAGAUUUUUAGUCCAGAAGUUGCUCAAAGUGUGACACAUUUUUGCGAAUAUUUGCGAUAAAAAUUUUCACGCCUAUUUCUACCACAGCGUAUAAUGUUCCAACAAAAAACCGUAUUUUAGAUGAUUAAAAAGCUGUUUUCGCUAACCGCUCUCCACAUUUUGCGUACCCUCUCGGCCGCAAAGAUCGUUGAAUAUCUCGACUUCCCCUCCCAAUUUCGAGCUGAAAUUUGUAGGAAUUGAUGUAUAACCCAAGCCUAAUAUGUGUACAAAAUUUCAAGAAAAUCAGCGCGUCCCACUUUGAGUACCUCUCUUUUCAAAUGCCGUCAUCAAAUUUUGAGACGAACAUUUUAUGACUGUCCUGCAUUCAUGUUUACCAUUUCAAUUUACAGAAAGCCCUGCAAAACAAAAAAACGUCGUUGAAAACGCAUUCCCAUUGGGUGGAAUACUCGUUGGAUGAUCAUGAUUGCGACAAGGACGAGGAGUGCAAGAAAUGGAAGAGGAGGGCAGGCUCGACUGAGUCUUGUUUCAGGGUGAGUUCACAUCUUUUAUCAUAUAUAUAACAGUCUGUCGGGAAAAUAAUGUGCAUUCUUCGUUCCUUGGAAUCGGCCGUCAUCGCUUUGCGACGGCUAGCCGCGGCUGGCGAUUUGGUGGCUGGACAAAACCGUAUUAUUUUCCCGACGGGCUGAUAAAACAGAGACCUGAAAGCCCGGCCUAUUUCAAGGUCAAGGUCGGGCCGGCCAGACAUUUUUCAAAGCUUUUCGCAGCCCCAAAAGCCCUGUCUCGGGGUGCCUAAAGCUCCACUCGGCUAAUUAGUGUGUACAUCAGUCUGUCGGGAAAAUAAUGUGGAUUCGUCGCAGAAAAAUGUCUCGCCUCGUCGCAGUCGCGCCCCCAAAUCUACCGUCAUGGUUAGCCGUCGCAAAGCGAUGAUAUAUCCACAUUAUUUUCCCGACAAGCUGAUACCUCUUCUCACUGUUAAAAAACAACAAAUUAAGGCCGCAUUUGUCGCGGAUGUCCGGUCAUUUCUCCGCAUCUUGGUCAUGUUCCUGCCUUUGCCCAUGUUCUUUGCGCUCUACGACCAACAGGGCUCCAAAUGGACCAUUCAGGCGCUCCACAUGGACCUUCGUAUCUUCGGGGAGACAAUAAUUCUUCCGGAUCAGAUGCUCUCACUGAAUGCUGUCCUAAUCUUGAUCUUCAUCCCGUUGUUUCAAGUCAUCAUUUUUCCGGCGGUCGAAAAGGUCGCCAAAGUGACGUACGUUGAUUUUUUCGAAAUUUAGAAGGGAAGUAUCGUGAGUGCGACGCUCAGGUUUCAAAAAAAAUUGCUGACAACUUGGGUUAUAGGUCACAUAUCAAAUCUUGAAAAUUUUAGCUUGCGCUUUGCAACUACAGCCGAGAUAUUCAAGUUUCCGACGAGAGAGUAUGAGAAAUGCGGAGAGCGGUCAGAGAGAGAACACUUUUUGGCCGCAUCUUUGCCAGUUUUGUGCGGAGAAAAUUGAUUUUUGGUGGAAACAUCACACUCUACGGUAGAAAUAGACGUGAAACUUUUCAUGCCAAAAUUCAUAAAAAAAAAUUUGAUUUUUCACCAAAUUUCGACCUCAAAAUCUCGCUCGUUUCUCCAAAGCGCGAGCUAGGAAGCUCGGAUACACCUUUGAAAAAAAGUUUCAUCAAAGUCUGAGCGUCGCAUUUGUAGUAAAUCUCUUGUUAGUGCAACAUAGAAGAGAAAAAGGUAAAGAAAUUUUGCCUAAUUUUUUACAAUAUUGUUAUAUUUUAGACCCUUGAGGAAGAUGGUUUGUGGUGGACUACUUACAGUUGUCGCAUUUUGCAUCGCCGCGGUUGUUCAGAUCAAGAUUAACGUAAGCUAGAGAGAUUAGUGACGGACCUGACAAAAAACGUACCAUUUUGCAUCCGGGAAGUAUCAAGAAAUGUGGCCAAAUGCCUCCCUCUUCAACUAAUCAAACUCCGUUUUGAACUCACAAAAAGAGCGGGUGCGCUUUUGAAAUCGGAGUUUUUGCUUGGAGGUAUUUUGCCACAUUUUUUUGAUACCUCUCGGACGCAAAAUGAUAUGUUUUUUUGUCACUGGCCACUGUAUAUAGGUAGUAUAAUAUGAUUAAAAAAUGAAUUUCCAGGACUCUCUGCCAGAGCGAAUAACCCCCGACACAUCACAUCUCUAUACCGUAAACACACUGAGAAACUGCCAGUUUAUCAUCAAUUCCCACGAGCCCUUCGAAGAUGAGAUAAUGAAAUUUCCAAGCGGUGAACAUACCUUUGAGUUUGGUUAUGUGGGAGAUGGCUGUGUCAAGAACUUGCCAAUAAGCCUUAAAACGACUUUGAAGAGUGGUCAAGGCUAUGGCUUGAUCCUGACGGAACAAGGGGUGCUAUUCACUCCAGUUGAAUUUAGAAAACCAACCGGUGGAAAUGGAGAGUCCGCACAAAGGUAUGUGCCAAAAAUUUUCUGUCAGUCUGUCGGGAAAAUAACGAGGACUCUGUCACUGCACCGAUAGCGUCGCUGAAGUGAAAAGAAAUUUGAUCCUGCCGCGAAGACAAUUCAUUUUCCCCGCGGCGAUGCGAUUUUCGAUGCGAUUGCUCAUUAUUUUCGCGACAGACUGGUUAUAAACAAUUUUGCAAGGGCCGUGUCCUGUUUGUGCAAUGCUCAGAUUUUUUAAAAAUUUAACACAGUUAUUGGGCCUAGGCCGCGUAUGAAUUCCUGAAAAUUUUAGCUGCCGCUUUGCUGGCCCGAACGAGAUAAUUCAACGAUCUUUGCGGCCGACAUAGUACAGCGGUCACACAGCAAAGGUCUUUUUGGCCAUAUCUUUGCCAGUUUUCAAAAAAAAUCUAUUUUCUGUGGAGACAUUAUGUAUAUAAUAUUGUUAAAUUUGUGCCAGCUUUCAUCAAACUCUAAGCGUCGAAGUUGGAGUAUCAGUCCGUCGGGAAAAUAUUGUGGAUUUGACGCAGCAAAAUGUCAGCAUCAGAUUUCGAGUCGCGGCUCUCCGUCGCAAAUCGACGAUGGGCGAUUCCAAGGCGCGACAAAUCCACAUUAUUUUCCCGACAAACUGAUAUAAUAACGAACGACAAUCCUCAUAUCAGUCCGUCGGGAAAAUAAUAAGCCUGUCGACAUUGUGCUUAUUAUUUUCCCGACAGACUGGCAAAAUCUGAAAAAAUUCGAUUACAAAGAAAGAUUUCAGCUUCCUCAUCGCUCUGGCCAACUUUACCUUCUCCGAUAACAUGGCGCUUUGCCGCGUUGAUUCUUCGGCCUCUCCAUGUUCCAAUAAAGACGCUUCGCAUUACAUCGAAUACUCUGGCUACACUUCAUCGCAUACAAACUCGGAUCUGACUGCGCAAAUACCCUACGUUACGAAGAGCGGGCUGUCGGUACAUAAAGCGUCGCUAUUUCGACAAAAAUCGGUUAGAUUGGGGAAAUGGAAGUUGUAUUUUAUUGGCGCCAAGAAUGGACAAGUUUUUUACGAAGAUACCGGAUAUGGGUUCAGAAAUAAGGAUCAAGGAGGGGUCUAUCUGAAGACGAUUGUUGGCGGAACCGGAAUUCAGGAUGUGAGUUUUGGUUGGGAAAUUCUAUUUAUCAGUCUGUCGGGAAAAUAAUGAGCACUCUGUCGCAUCCAAAAUCGCAUCACCGCCGCGAAAAUGAAAUGUGUCGCGGAAAAAUCAAAUUGCUUUCUGCUUCAGCGACGCAAUCGGUGCAGCGACAGAGUGCUAUUAUUUUCCCGACAAGCUGAUAUUGGGAAGCUACCCUAUAGCACGAGGUAAAAAUUAAGUGCUAAAAACAUAUUGUUUGAGAAGUACUGGGCUUGAAACCAACAGCAUUAACGCGUUAUGGCUUAAUUUUCAUCUCGUGCUAUAUAGUACCACUUAGUACUAUACAGUACCAAGCGCUAAAGACGCAUUUUUUGAGAAGUACUGGGCACCAAACUAACAGCAUUAACGUCUGCAUGCAUAAUUUUUAAUUGUACUGUAUAGUAUCAAGCGUUAAUAUGUAGUACCUCUUGCCGCUUCCUGCACUGUGCAAUGUUCGUGAAAAAAUGGAAAAAUUUUUCAAUUUCACAGUGCGGAAAACUUUGCGACAAAAAGUCUACGCACUUUUGAAAAAGUGUAGUAUCAGUUUGUCGGGGAAAUAAUGUGGAUUUGUCGAAGCAAAAUGCCUCGCCUCGCUGCUGUCAUGGACCAAAUCUCCAGCCGCGGCUAGCCGUCGCAAAGUGGCGAUGGACGAUUCCGAGACGAUAUAAAUACACAUUAUUUUCCCGACAGACUGAUGCCAAACUCCCAGAGUUUCAAAAAGAGCCCUAAUUUUUAGGAAGUCCGCGUAAUCUCGAAGCGAUUAAUCCCCGACAACACGGUCUCCAUCCUUUGGCAAUUCCCUCAGAUUGCGGUGUUGACGGCCGGAGAAUGUUUGUUCGCAAUAACUGGCAAUGAAUUUGCCUAUUCUCAGGCGGCGCCCUCGAUGAGAGCGUUGGUCCAAGCGAUCUGGCUGACCACAAGUGCGGCGGGCAAUCUGAUCAUCGUCGUCAUCGAGGUUUUGGACCUAUUUAGCGGUAAUUGAUUCUUUUUUGACCCCUCUGAAACGGUGUACAGACUGCAAAAAAUUGAUCUUAAUAUACAUAUGUAUUUUUCAGACAUGGCAUGGGAGUUCUUCGUGUACGCUGUGAUUAUGUUCAUUGUCAUGAUGAUUUUCGCAGCGCAAUCCGCUUGCUAUGAAUACAACGACUACAGCAAGAGAGCUGUGGGCGACGACUGCCUUGAAUCAAAAGAACUGACUGGAUAG